ACUAUUUUAUACACUGUUUCACACAACAUCCUGACACAGGAUUCAAGAUGGCGUUGUUGCUUCUACUGGUGAUGUUGACGGCAUGUGCUGCCAUACCUCAAGAUCUGUCAGGUAAAAUGUUAACCUUUCCACAAGAAACCAACACAGCUUACGUGAGGCUGACUACAACAAGACAGGUUUUCAGUGCUGUGACUGUCUGUCUCAGGUCCUUUACAGACCUCAAAAGAGACCAUGCCCCAUUCUCCUUGGCCACACUGUCUGCUGCCAAUGACUUUUUGAUUUACAUGAAACCUGAAAACAAUGAGUUUCAUCUACAUAGCAAGGACAACGAAAUAAAAUUAACAGGGCAGGACUACAAGCUGAACACAUGGCACUCUAUUUGUGCCACAUGGGACUCUGUGUCUGGACUAGGGCAGCUGUGGUUAGAUGGAAAACCCUCGAGUAGGAAAUUCCUCAGCUCUGGAUCCAACAUCAGUGGACCCGUUAUAAUUGUUUUAGGACAGGACCAGGAUAACUAUGGUGGGGGAUUUGACAUUAAGCAGUCUUUCGUUGGCAUGAUGUCUGAUCUCCAAAUGUGGGACUACGUCCUUUCCCCCUGUGAGAUCCAGAACUACGACGAUGAACACAACUUCACUCCAGGGAAUGUGCUCAAUUGGAGCGCACUGAACUUCCAGAUUAUGGGCAGAGUGCUGAUAGAGGAGAAACAAAAGAGCUGCAUCUUUUGAAAAAGUGUUUUGCAAAGUCAAAAUAUAAUUGUUUUUUUUCUGUGUGUUUUUGUGUUUUGUUAUUGAGAUCAUUGAAAAACAAUGAUUUCUUUUUCUUUAUACUUCACCAAUGAGCUUAUGUCCUUAUGUUGCCUAAUAUUAAUCUGGUUAAGCGAAUGUUGUUAGGUUGCCAUUGCACUAAAGUUUGUGCAACUGAAACCACACACCUGUGGGUAAGAAAGAAGGAAGGAAAAAGAAGAGAAAAGGGAAAGGAAAAAUAAGUUUCACAGGAAACUGAAAUAUUAAUAAUCUCAUGAAUGACUGUUCUACAUUUGGUAAAUAAGAGAGCAGAGAAGCAACUGCUGAAUUGUGAAACCUUACAGUGGAAAGGUAUAUCAAUACACAAACAAUAAUAUAAUGCAAUUGCAGUGCAAUGACUAAUCUUUUAGGUUUGUAGGAAAGAAACUCAGAUUAUAAUCCACACAGAAGGCGUGUGACUUCAUUCUUUGCUAGGGAUGCAAAUAGUCCACAAUAUCUUCACAUAGAGAAAUUGUUUGCUGCUACAUUAUUGUUUAAAAUCUUGUUUACAGGACCUUUAAUCAAAUUAAAUGUAUAUGAAUAUGA